UUCCACUGAUACAAGAUCGGGCAAGUAUCGAUAUUGUUACAGAUUUGCUGAUACAUCAAUCCGAUGCUGAUAUUUAUGAUCAUGAUUCAAUCUUGUAAUGGAGGUGAAGUGCCACGUGACCGAUACAAGAAGAACUAGGUCCUCACGAGUCACGAGUGUCAUUUUCGUAACGUCAGGAACCGCGGUAGUUUUGCAUUUGCUUUCUCAUUGCAGAAUACCACAAUUGGGGUUAGGUCUCUGUCUCUCCCUCUAUUUGGGACUCAGAAUCCCACCAUUGACGGCUGUGUGACUGUAAGAGUGUGGCAGUAGACAGCAGUCGCCAAGUGAAAUCAAGUGAUUCUUUAAGUUGAAUAGAUCUGGCUCAAUGGCAUCUUCUGCGAUAAAACCUGGCGUUUUGGUUUCUUUACAAGAUUUAUACCCAUCUUCUCCAUUCUUUAAGCAAGGGGUUUCCCUUCGAGUUACUGGAAAACUUCAGGAUUACUCUGUAGACACUGCAAUUGCCAUAAUUAGUGAUGGAAAUUUUAGCCUAAAGAUCGACACCCAACACCUGAGGAACCUCAAUUUAAGACUUGGAUCCAUCUAUCAGUUCAUUGGAGAACUCUUCAUUGAAGCUAAUAAUCAGGCUACCUUGCUAGCACGUGUAGGUAGGAAUGUAGAUGGCAUUGAUCUCAGCCUUUACAGUCAAUCUCUGCAGCUGUUGAGAAAGUUUCAAGCUGACCAGUUGAAUGAUCAGAAGGCAUAAUAACCAGUCUUUCUUGUUCAGAGGAGAGCUUGAGUAGCAGACUAGUUUUCAAGGUAAACUGAUUCUAGCUUGUUCUUAGUGGUCACACCUGAGAUAAUGGUUUUCCAUGGGCAUGAUGCUGUCAAGUACUGUUGAAUUCAAACUGAACUCAAUUCUUUCCCCUUCAAAGUGAUCUAAUGCCCUUUGUAAUAUACUCCAUCAAACUGAGGCUUGGAACUUCUUUGGUGUGGAAUUCUGAGAAGCUAUUUUGUUGUCA